AUGGAAUACAUAAUCAUCAUGCCUCUCGAAAGAGAGUUCUCCCCUACGCCUCCUUUCUCUGCUGGUGGAGGCCGUGUACUUACGAUUUGGAUGGAUGGCUUUGCCUCAUUCUAUGGUCCAAACUGUGGUGGUGAAGACAGGCCUCCCCGUCGAAACCUACAUAAUUUUCUCUCUCAAGCUUCUGAUGGGGGAGGUAAAGGUGAUCUAGUGUUUGACCGGCUCUACAGAGGUAUGGUCGUGGGUGACACGAAUGGCGGCGCUUGGUGUCUGAGGCCGUUGGAGAUACUGGGUUUUCCGUUUGAUGGUGGCGCUCUCUGGCAUGGCUGGGAUCGGUCGAUUCUUAUGGAGGACAAAGGGACCGAUGGUGUUCUUGAUUUUUCUUUGCCGGCAGAGGAUGUCAGGCUGGAAUUUGGUUUUGAGUAUGGUGGUAGGACUCGUUAUCCUCUGCUGGAAUUGGGUCCAUUCCUAUCCGGGCUGCUUGCUGAUUAUGGCCCUUCUGAGGAUAGAAUACGAAGAGAAGACUUGGCUCAUCCUAAUCUCCAACAAGCACUCACAAUGCAAGACACUUUUCUCAGAGAUAAAGAUCAUGCUCAGAUUGCUGAUCAUGUUGUACACUACUUUGAGGCAGCCUUUACUAAGGAUUGUAAUAUUAUUGACACUGGUCUGGUGAAUAGAGUAAUUCCUAAUUUGGUUACAGCCUUGGAGAACGCAGCUUUAUCCGUUAUCCCUUCUUCAGAUGAAAUUCACAUGACAGUUAACUCAAUGGAUGAUUAUAGUGCACCGGGUCCAGAUGGGAACAGUGGUUGUUUUUUCAAGCAAUGCUGGAGCGUAGUUGGUUCUGAGGUAGUACAAGCCGUUCAACACUUUUUUAUAAGCGGAACCAUUAUUCCCCACUUUAAUUCUAUUGUGGUAAUCUUAAUUCCAAAGAAGCAAGAAGCUGACCGUAUUGCGGAUUUCAGGCCCAUUGCUUUGGCAAAUUUUGUAUUCAAAAUUAUCACAAAAAUUAUUGCUACUCGUCUCAGUCCUAUUGUUGCUAGAAUUGUUUCUCCGAAUCAAAGUGCAUUCAUCACAGGGAGGUCUGUGGCGGAUCCAAUUAUAUUGACAUCAGAAUGCAUAAAUCUCUUGGACAUCAAGUGUAAGAGCGGUAACAUUGCUUUAAAGCUGGAUAUCAGUAAAGCUUUCGACACUCUAGACUGGGAUUUUUUGCUUAGAGUUCUCAAGGCAUUUGGUUUCUCAGCUGUUUUCAUUAACUGGAUUGAGUGCAUUCUAAAAUCAGCUUACCUGGCAGUCUUGGUUAAUGGGCAAUCAUGUGGCUUCUUCACUUGCUCUAGGGGCAUAAGACAAGGGGAUCCCCUCUCCCCAAUCUUAUUUUGUCUCGCGGAGGAAGUGUUGAGCCGUGGUCUGAGUAAUCUGGUUGACAGGGGCGUUUGGACAGAUUGGCCUGCCCAGGCUAGUUCAAGGGGUAUUCGAAGGUUGAUGCGUUUCUUAAAUGAGUAUGCCUGCAACUCUGGUCAGGCAGUUAAUAAAGCAAAAUCUUUGGUGUUUCUUGGUAAAUAUGCCCGCCCAAGAGAGGUUAUAAUUAAGCGUCUACUUGGGUUUCGGGAAGGAUCUUUGCCUUUCACUUAUCUGGGAGUACCAGUUUUUCAAGGCCGUCCAAAGGCAAUAUAUUUUAGAGCUAUAGCCGACAAAGUCAAAUGCAAGCUUUCUUCUUGGAAAGGACUACAGCUCUCUCAAGCAGCCAGACUGCAACUUAUAUCUGCAACAAUCCAAAGUUUAUUAAUUUACUGCUUUCAGGUGUAUGAGUGGCCAAGAUCCUUGCUCCUUAAAGUUCAAAGCUGGACACGAAAUUUCUUCUGGACUGGUGACCCUUUGAAAACAAGUUCAAAUCUUAUUGCUUGGUCACUUUGCUGCACUCCUAAAGACCAGGGAGGCCUAGGGUUGAAAGAUCUGUUCCACUUGAAUAAAUCUCUUUUAUUAAAACGUGGUUGGGAGGUAGUGAUGGGAGUCUCUCCUUCUGCUAGCUUUCUUCAAGCGAGGUUCUUGAGAUCAGGCUUGCGUCCGUGCUCUUACUAUAAAAAAACUUAUGUUUGGACUGGAUUGAAGAAACUAUGGCCAUCUAUUCUUUCCAAUGUGCGCUGGAUAAUUGGUGAUGGUGAAAGUGUCUCCUUCUGGAGGGACAAUUGGUUGGGCAUUCCACUGAAUACAAUGUAUGCUAUUGAGCCGGAGUUGGCUCCAUUUCUCCAGGAUCAAGUAAGUAAAUUUAUCUUUGAUAAGCAGUGGGUUUUACCACCUCUUUUUUCCUCUACUUUCCCAGAUGUGGCUGAUCAAAUUCUUGGUAUUGAGUUUCCUAUGGAGGCAAUGCAAGUUAUACACUUGGCAGAUUUAUUUGCCUCAGACCUACUAAAUAGCUUAUCUGCAGCGUCAAAGCUUUUGUGGAGGAUGGAAAUUUGUAAUUUGCUUUGGUUAACUUGGACUGAGCGCAACAGCCUUAGGAAUAGUUGCAGAACCUUUUGCACCGGACGCUUCUCCCAUCGCUUUCUUCUCUGUCUGAAGGACUCUGCGCAGCUGGUUUUCAAAGCUUACCCACAUUCUGUUAGCACCAUUCCAAUCUUCAACCUACUAGGCCUUUCACCAUUAUUGUGUAGAGCCCCUUGCUUCAAGCCUGUAACUUGGCAGCCGCCGCCUGACCACUGGUUAAAAGUGAAUACUGAUGGAUCCUUUAGAGGCUCUAAUAUGGCUGGGUUUGGAGGGAUUUUUCGUGAUGCAGAGGGAAAUUUUGUUGGGGACUUUGCAGCAAGAGCUGAGGUUCCUAGUGCCAUUGAUGCAGAGAUUUUGGCUGUCAUUGAGGCUAUUCAGGUAGCUUGGGUUCGUCGUUGGACCCAUAUCUGGUUGGAGACGGACUCCACCCUAGUAAUUACAUAUUUCAAAAACCCCAACCUUAUUCCUUGGAGGCUCAGAACUCGUUGGUUUAAUUGUGUACUCAAGUCUCGGCAAAUGACUUUCCAUGUAUCACACAUCUUUAGGGAAGGGAACAAAGUAGCAGACAAGCUGGCUAAUUAUGGUGCUUUGCAUGAUGGAGCGGUAUGGUGGAUUGUCCUCCCGUCCAUUAUUACUUCUGAAUUUGGUCAUGAUUACUCUUCACGUACUAGUUAUCGGUUUUCUUAG